AUGUGUGACCACUCAAGGUCGAAUUUCAUUGACAACCGAUCCAACUACGAGAAGGGAGUAGUAGCCAGGCUACAUUUGCACGAGCAGAAGAUAACCUGUAUAGCGCCUUGGCUUCUCCCUGGAUAUUGCUUCGAGAAUACCCUCGUCACCUCGGACCAAGGUCGACCCUCGUCCUUUCUAGCUUUGCCAGAAGGUCCGCCUCUUCUGUGGACCAUGGCAUACCCUUCCUCGAGCUUCUUCCAACUUCCCUGCCCACACCCAGACUAUGUUCGGGCUUGUGACUCAAGUGGCCGCCCUGCCACGCCUCGUCUGUGUCAGAAUUUACUGCACCAACACAUCAUGACGAUCCUCAGCCUAAGACAGUAUAUCUGGGGAUAUCUAUCGGUUCUUAUGCUGAGGACUGCAGAGGCGGAAUGGGAACGGAUACAGAAACUGAAAAUUUCACAUUACAAGGAAUUUGGGGCUUCGUCGUUCGAAAUGAAGGGGAAGGAGAAAGGAGUCAACAUUCUCUUUGGCAUCUCGGCGAGGUGA